AGAGACCAUACUGCGCAAGCGCAAACCAAACGGUCGCGCGGAUGAAUUUAAAUUUUGUUUGAAUCGCUGAAGAAUGAGUGUUUUUAAUAUUUUAGCAAUGUAGAAAUGGCAGCAAAGUCAAACUUGUCAGGGUCGCCGGAUGCGGAUCUUUCGUCUUUAAGCGACCGGUCUCUGUCCAGCCGGGCCAGCAACAGAAGUUUGAGAGUAGCAGAAAAGGAGAGGAGAAAGAACGACGCUGAGGACCCGUUUGUUCUGGCCCUGAAGUACUUCUCCAACGUUGAAGCUGGUACUCCUGUCCAUGGUAACGAUGAGGUGGAGAAAAAUCUGGUCCUGGUGGAGAGGGCGGCCUACAGUAAAGGACUUUCGCCAGAGGCCAUCUCUGUUAUGCUGGAAUUUGCCAUGAGCCUCCGCAUGGGAUCGGGCAUUUGUCCCCGGGUGCUGAAGUGUCUUAUACCUGCCACCGUGGUGCCACAGGAGGCUGUGGUUCGUGCUGUGGCCUGGCUCGGAGUUGCCAACAUUCCUGUCAACACACAAAUUCUUUUCAUAAAGUGGCUGUUGACCGUCUUCGACUUGAUUGAUGCAAAAGACCAGCUUCGAGCGAUCUAUGGCUUCAUCUUCAACUUCACCUCAGAGGAAAAUCUGUGUCCUUUCAUCUGCCAUCUGCUGUACCUUUUGACCAGAAAGGAAAGUGUGCGAGUCUUCAGAGUCAGGAAGCUACUGGAGCUACAAUCUAAACUGGGGAGGCAGCCGUUCCUGCUGAACCUACUCUCCCUUUACAAAGUGUUUUGCCCUGAACUGGUGACGCUCUCCAUCCCAUCACAAUUGAAGAGUGUGUUUAGGAACCACAAUUUGCCCUGGAAGUCAGCUUUGACUGUUGUCCAGAGGAGGAACAGUCCCCAAGUUGCCUCCAGCCUCAACCUGUUUUCCACAUCGAAACAUAAGACCACCUCCAGGAAACGGAAACACCACCACCUGGGGUUGGCGAUGUUGAGUUCUGCGGUCAACAAAGAACCUCAGACCGAGACGAGCAGACAGCUAGUCCCUUUGGUGCAGCUCCAUUCUGUUGCUCAGCUCCUGGAAAAUAUGCACCGUAUAGAGCUGCCCGCUCAGAUGGGCUCACUGCUGGGCUCCAGUCUGGGACUGCAUUACCUGGACUGUGUACAGGAUGAGUCUGCUCUGCUACGCCUCAACUUCUGGCUCGGCUACACUCUCCAAGAAGAAUUGUUAUUCUCCAGCGAUGAAGGAUCCUCCCAGAGUUCAGAAGAAUCAAUGCAGUUUUUGGACAAGUUGCUGUCGACACAACACUUUCUCCAGGAGGGGUUUUCCAGUUCAGAGGCUUUUCUCUACAAAUUUCUCAGUGUUUGGGACGGUUCCGUCCUCCGCCCCCAGAUCCUCGGCCUGCUUAGCAACAUUCCUGUUGUUCCCAGUUCUCAAAUCGGACAGCUCCUGUUUGAGCCCCUCAUGCAGCUAUUCUUUACAUCAUCACUGUUUUUCAAGUGUGGACUGAUGGAGAGUCUGAACAACAUGCUGUUGAAGUGGCUGACUUGGCACUCGGUGUACGCUCUGGAAGACGACUUGGACAUCAGCCUCAACAGCCACACUUCCAUCAACAUGACUCUGUCGGGGUUCAAGGAUUCAGUGAUGGAGCUAGUUGACUUUGUGGGUCGACUUGCCUCUGUGGGCCUGCAACUGGAGGGCUGCCACUCUCUCCUCCUCAACUUCAUCCUCGACUUCUAUACCACGGUGUGUGACAUGUUUCUGAAGUAUGGGCUCCCCCUUGUGGUGGUGCCCCCACCUGGAGUUUUUUACCCAGCGCUGUUUGCUACUGACCCUGUAAGCGUGGACAGACUGGCCUUCAUCAUGCACAGGUACAAGGUGAACUUGACAUCGGCCAAGAGUCAAGAAAAGCUCACCAAGCAAGCCUUUCGCAUCAGCCGUCAGACGUUCAAGGAGUUUAACAACUACGCAGUCUUCAUGGUCAACUGCCUGUGGAACGCCAAACUGAUUCAACCAGGCAUGAGUAUACAGCUGGGAGAGGAGCUGCUGCUCAAGAGCAACGUGCCGGAAUACUGGAAGAGCUUCGACCUCAUCUACCACCCUGCCUUCAUGAGCUACGCGGUCGACUUCCACCAGAAGUGUUGGCCCGGGAGAAAGGACAUGGACCUGGAUUCCAUAAAGCAUUCCAAGCCAUGGAACUGGUACCUGGAGUAUUUGUUCAACCAAGGUUAUGACGGCCUUAAACUGUUUAUUCAAAGCAACACAAGCCGGCAGCUGACAGCAGGCGACGGGCAGGGCAACAGCCUGUCCACAGAAUAGAGGUAGAAGCUCGACUCAAAGGAGACGAAGAAAAACAACUCGCAACUCGGCCACUUUUAAAAGACUUGUACAUAUUUGAUCUUAUCUUCAAGCAAGCUACUUCAGGCAACCUUUUUAUGUACAUAUAUGUAUCAGUGUUUUAUUGUAUUUUUUUUUAACUUACAAUACUAUCCAGGUCGCAAUAAUAGAACACAAAGCCCUGGUGGCCAUUUGCCAGAUGCUAAGUGUCAGUAGUAGGUUUUGAGGUCAGUGAAUACACAUUAAUCAGAGAAGAUGUAUGUUUGUUGCAACAAAAAAAGAAUCAUUGGCAUUGUUCAUAUCCAUUAAUAUUACACACUUACUAUAAAUUGACCUGAUGUACCUACAUGCAUUCAAGAUACUAAAGAAUGAGAGUAACUUUAAAUUAUUAUUUUUCCAUUUUCUUUGUUUAAUGUCAACCCACUGUUUUUUUAACCAGCUUCUGUACAAAGGAUUUUUUUGGAUUGCUUUUUUUGUAUUGUAUUCUUGUAAAGCACCUUGUUGAAAAUAAAUAAGUGUAAGACUUUUGUUUUAGAA